AUGAAUCCACUAUGUGGACAAAUCAGAGCACUUCGCGACGAAAAUCUCGAGGAGCAUGAGGAACGUGUAAAGUCUCUACUCUACACUGGAACGAAUAUGUUAGACGGCAAUGCUGGAUUAUUAAGCAAUUAUGAGGUAUUGGCGAUACUAAAAGAAAAGAAGAAAGCAAUCGCCGAACAAACACAAUACGUGCCAGAAAACUUAGCCACGGUAACAUAUGAAAACGAACAGAUUAUGAAGGACUUUAUGCUGGCCAUAUCUAAAUUCAAAUUAACAAAAGCGGAAAAGUUAAUGUUACUCAAUCAGAGACCAACUUCACUUGUCGAACUUCAUCUGAUUAUAGAAGAAACUGAGGAACGUUUUUCUGAAGAAGAAAGCAACGAACUAUUACAAAUCAUUGAUGAUAUCCUCCCGCCAGUGCAUCCCCAUGAUAAUGAAGAUACAGAAGACAAAGGGCAAACAAAUGAAGAACAAAAUUAA